AACCCAGAACUUAGAGAUAGAGAUAAACUUUCUAUACUGACUUUAAAGAAUUCUUUAAUACCUAUAACUUGUUUUGUUAAGCCCAUAUGUGCUCCUCUUAGUGGUCAGUAUAUAGAGGAGGCUGUCGAUUCCUUUGAACAUUUAAAAGGAAUCAAUUUACCUGAUAGUAAUGUAGAUUGCAAAUCAUUGGAAGUAGAUGUACUUAUUGGAGCGGAUUAUUAUUGGUCAUUUUUUAAUGGCAAGGUAAUUCGCGCCAAUACAGGUCCUGUUGCUUUACAAUCAUCAGUUGGUUAUAUAUUAAGCGGAAAUGUUAAUGCAUCAUCUGGAAAAGAUUGCUGUGUCUUUUCCACACAUACUUUAAAAGUUGAGACGGAAUUCAUUAAUGAAAUUUCCCAAUUUAAUGAGAAUAUUAAAGAGUUUUGGGAACUAGAGAAUUCAGGAGUGGAAGAUAAUAUUUUUGAUCAUUUUAAAAGUUAUAUUUAAUUUGAUAAUAAAGAGUGUAGAUAUACAGUUAAAUUACCAUUUAAAAAUAACCAUGCAUUAUUGAGUGAUAACUUUAGUUUAUGUAUAAAACGUCUGAAUGUAAUUCUUAAUAAAUUAAAAAAUGAUUCUGAGCUAUUAAAUGAAUACAAUAAGAUAAUUAUAGAGCAAUUAAAUUCAGGGGUAAUAGAGAAGGUAAAUAAUUAUGAUUCGAGUAUUGGUGAGGUGCAUUACUUGCCACAUCACCCAGUAUGUCGUAAAGAUAAAACUACAACAAAAGUGAGAAUUGUUUUUGACGCAAGUUCCACACUAUAGGGUCCAUCAUUAAAUGAUUGUAUAAAUGCUGGACCAAGUUUAGCUACACCUCUAUUUUUUAUAUUAUUACGUUUUUGUGCUAAUAAAUAUGCCUUUAUUGCAGACAUAGAGAAAGCAUUUUUGCAUAUUGCCCUUGAUAAAAAUGACAGAAAUUAUUUGCGUCUAAUAUGGUUUGAUGAUGUUUAUAAUAUUAAGAAUAGUAAUUUGUUUUCAUCUGCAUUGGCUACAUAUCGUAUAUGUAGAGUGCCUUUUGGUGUUACUUCGUCUCCAUUUCUCCUCAAUGCCACAUUAAUUUAUCAUGCUGAGAGAUAUUGCCUUAAUGAUAAUAAUAUCUCCUCAAAGUUGUUGCAAUCCUUGCAUAUAGGCGAUUUGAUUUCUAGCUGUGUUACCAUUGAAGAAGGUGUUUUGUUUUUUAAUAAAUGUAAAGACAUAUUAAAAGAAGGAGGUUUUAACUUAAGAAAGUUUGAGUCUAAUUCUUCAGCUUUUGAGAAACAAAUUAACAGUGACAAUUAUGAGAGACAAACGAAUACAAGAGUGUUAGGCCUCAAAUGGAAUAAGACAGAAGAUUCAAUAAUUUAUUCAUUUGAGGAUUUAUUAAAUGUAGCCUCAAUAGUUCCAACAAAGAGAGAAGUGAUGAGUUUUAUUGCCAGUAUUUAUGUCCCAAUAGGUCUUAUUAACCCAGUAGUUGUAACUUGUAAAAAUUUAUUUCAAAAGAUUUGUGUUUCUAAGUUAGGUUGGAAUGAAAGUUUGUAUGGUGAUUUAUUCUAUAAUUGGAAUCUUAUUUUAAGUGAUUUCAAAUCUGUUUUUCAAAUAGCAGUACCUCGAUGGUAAAUGAGUCCUGGAUUGGGUGAUAUAAAUAAUGUAAAAUUUGAAUUACAUGGUUUUUCUGAUGCAAGUGUUAAGUCGUUUGGGUGUUGUGUUUAUCUUAAAUUUUUUAAUGCUAAUUUUAGUCGUGCCUCUUUGAUAGCCUCGAAGUCUAGGGUUGCCUCAUUAGGCAAGAACACAAUGCCUCGAUUAGAGCUUUCUGCAACUUUACUUUUAGCAAAGCUAUUAGCAUCUAUUUACGAUCAAUUGAUAUCUAUUUAUAACAUUUCAAAUAUAGUAUAUUGGACUGAUUCAACAAUUUGUUUGCAUUGGAUUUUUAAUACUAAUAACACCUACGAACAGUUUGUACAAAAUCGUUUAAAUAAAAUAAGAGAAUUGACUUUAAUUUGUAAUUGGAACUAUAUUGAAUCCUUUAGGAAUCCUGCAGAUAUAAUAUCACAAGGAUCUUCGCUUAAGAAAUUAAAUAAUAAUGAACUUUGGUUUUAUGGACCCAAUUUUUUAAAUGAUAUUAAUAUUAAAUGGCCAUAUUAUGAACAUGUUAAUCAUUCAAAUGAAACACUUGAAGUUUCGUGUAAUGUGGUACAUGUUAAGGUUAAUGUUAUUCUUGACUUUAUUAAUGUUGAUAAAUUUAGUGAUUUUAGGUAUUUACUUCAAGUAAAAUCGUGGAUUCUUCGGUUUAUCAAUAAUGCGAAAGAUAAAAAGAAGAACAUCUUCAAGACUGGUUUAAUUACAGCUGAAGAAAUAGAUAAUGCAAAGCGGUUGUGGAUUAAAUUUUCACAGAUAAAUCUAAUCGAUGAGAAUAAAUUUAAACAAUUACGAAAAGAUUUACGUUUAUUUGUUAGCGAUGGUAUAUAUCGAUGUCGUGGCAGAAUUGAACAUGCUGAUUUAGAAUAUGAUACAAAAUUUCCUAUUUUUAUUUUCAAUAACUGUUAUUUUGCUAAAUUGUUAAUUUUACAUUUUCAUAAGCUUGUCAAGCACAAUGGUGUGAAAGAAACAAUUAAUGCUUUAAGAUCCCAGUAUUGGAUACCUUGUUGUAGGCAAUUAGCAAAGAGCGUGAUACGAAAAUGUACAACUUGUCGACGUAUAGAGUGUAGGCCUUAUUCAUACCCACCUGCUCCUCCUUUGCCUGAAAGUCGUUUAAAUUCUGAUUUCGCUUUUAAAUGUAUUGCUUUGGAUUAUGCUGGUCCGCUGUAUAUUAAAGAUAUUUAUGGCGGUUGUACGUUGAAUAAAGCAUGGAUUUUCUUAUUUACAUGUUGCAGUAGUCGUUCAAUUUUAUUAGACUUAGUAGCUGACUGUUUAUCUAGAUCAUGCAUUAUGGAUAUCCAUAGAUUUAUUGGAAGACGAGGUGUUCCAGAAAUUAUUUAUUCAGACAAUGGUUCACAAUUUGUUUCAACUGAAACUCAGUACUUUGCUGCAAACCAUUCUAUAAAAUGGAAGUUUAAUGCGCCUUCGGCACCGUGGUGGGGAGGGAUGUUUGAGCGACUAGUACGAAUGACUAAAAGAUGUUUGAAGAAAGCGUUAAAGAAUUCGAGAUCUUCUUAUGAAGAAGUACGAACGUUGCUUUCUGAAAUUGAAAUGGUACUAAAUAACAGACCAUUAACUUAUUUGUAUAACAAUCAAGGUGAUGAAGCACUCACACCUAAUCACUUAGUUUUUGGACAUAAGCUUAAGCUUGAAUCAAGUGCUUGUAACGAUAUAGAACAAGAUGUGCAUAUAUGAAACAGUAUGUUAUCUAAUACAUUGAAUCAUUUUAGAAGUAGAUUCAAAAGUGAGUACUUGACAUCAUAAAUCGAAACGGAGUAAUGGGUGUAAUGGUAUUCAUGUUAACGACAUUGUAUUAAUUGAAAGUGAUAACUGUAAAAGACAAUUAUGGAAAUUAGCACGUGUUGAAGAAUUGUUAUAUUCAAACGACGGAGUUGUUCGCGUUGCUAAAGUUUGUUACAAACAAGAGAAUGGUAGUUCGUGUUUAAUUACUCGACCCAUUAAUAAACUAUAUCCUACUGAAUAUUCAGACAAUGAAAAAAUAGUAACUGUUGCCUUUAUAAACGAGAAGAAUAUUCCUUUACUUGUAAAUGGUGGCCGGAAGUGUUGAAGCCUAUUUGGCUUCCCGCGAAUAAUCUAUUGGUUGUAACUAUUUCCCGCAGUGCAUUGCGUCUUAAGCCAUGCUCUCAUGCUAGUUGUAUAUUGACCUUACUAACUUACAACUCUUCUUACUAAUAUAUUAUUGAAACUCACAUAGUAGUGUUCAAAUUAUAUAAAGUAAACCGUUGAGUAGAUUUAAGUACUCAAUAGGUAACAUAUAACUAACUAAGCUAACUAGACAGACGUCAUCAAGCGUUCGCUCAAUGUGUUUAUACAUAUAAUGUUAAAGCCGUAAAGUUAUAGAGAGAUUCGAACCCUAGACGAUCGGUUCAUGGCGGUUUAAAACUUAGUGCGGAAAUGAUACGAUGCACUAGGCUACGUCGACGUGUCGUUUAAGCGUGUUUUGAAUUUAUUUAAAUUGUCAUUUUAACACUUUACGCAGAGAUUUUUUUUCUAUACAGUUUUUUUAAAAGUUGUUUACGCACAUUUUUUAAUAAAAAAAAUUCCCUAUAUAAUCCCACGUAAAAAGCAAGAUUAAAAGUUUCUCAAUAUAACUUUUUUGUCACAAAAUUCUUUUAUUUUACUUAAUUUGUAGAGAUUAAAUAUUUUUGUAUAAAAGCUGCAUUUUUUUAUAUCAAAAAUCAAAUGGCAAUCACAAAAGUUGUAUCUAGAAAAAAUAUGGAAGCAAAAAAAAUUGUUCCUGAAACAAUCGUCAUUGACGAUGAACAAGAUUUAGAAUUUACGCAGAUUGACUUGACCGUCGAUGAAUUUAUGAAAGUUUUAGACGAAAAAACGUAAAAUGAAAUUUCAAUAGAAGUUACAGAAAACGGAACGUCGGAACAAAAUGUACAUUUAGAAGUAAAAAAAAAAAAGAGCAAAUAUAAACUCAAAAGGCAAAGAGAGAGAAAAAACAAAUAAAAAAAACGAACGUCUAAUCAAGUAUAUUACACCACGUGAAAAACGUGUUGUUUGUUGUUUAUUCAUACUUGGGGUGAAUGUGAUACUACCUCUGCGCUUUUUGGUCAAGGGAAAAUAGCUGUACUAAAGUGAAAAAAAUAAAGAAGUCCAUCUGGCACAACUAAGGAAACAAAAAUAUAUGAAAAUGGUUGCAACUUCCAAAAAAGGAAUUAAACCAAAACAACUACCACAAACUGAAAGUGCCAUCAGGUACCAUUCUUUUCGAGUAUAUUUAGUUGGGUGUCAAUAUAUAUGAAACAAAAUGGGGAUGGAAAAUAAAAAAUGAUGUCUUAUUACCUAUAAAGACAGACAAGGAUCCUGCACCAAUUCACAUUCUUAACAUCAUAAGAUUUAACUGCAGCACAGAUACAAAAACACCAUGUGGAAAACAAUGCCAACGUCGACGUUAUGGAAUAAAAUGCAUGACUGCCUGCGGACUGUGGUAAGGCUUGGAGUGCAAAAAUGCAACAAAAAAUGAAAAUAUAAAUAUGGAUGACAGCGAAAAUGAAUUUGAAAGAAGCGAGGAUGGAGAUUAAAAUAUUUUUAAAAAGUAUUUAACUUUUGAUUUUAUUUCCAUUUAUAUCAGUCGAAUGUAAAAAGCACUAUUUAACCUUACAUGAAAAGUUAUUCAACAUUUGUAAAAAGCUGUCAUGAUGUUGUUAAGAUGUCAUUUGGUUGUUGUAAUUAAACAAAAAUAAGACAUUUUUUUGUUUAAA